AUGUUAUGCGAGGGAGUGGAUGAGUCUUCUGGGGACCCUUUCCUCGAUGGAACAGUUCAUUUCUUUAGGAAGGCUGCACCUAAGACCCCUUCAGUUUUACCUGAAGGAAAAAUGGGAUCAGAAGUCCCAAGACCUGUCGGACUCCUUCCAUCUCACAGAAAGGAUAAAGGAGGAUCUCCGUUGGUGGUUGGACCCACAAAGACUCAACCAAGGCUUGUAUCUUCGUGUGCCCAGCCCUCGCCUAGUGUUAUUUUCAGAUGCCUCGGAGUUGGGUUGGGGAGCAACUCUAGGUGCGAGAGAAGUGUCAGGCACCUGGAGAGGAGAACAGGUGCCCUGGCACAUCAACAAAAAGGAGUUGGCAGCAGUUCAUCUGGCCCUCCUUCACUUCGAGUCUCAGGUCACAGGAUCGGUGUUGCAAGUGAACGCAGACAACACCACAGCCCUAGCUUACAUCAGGAAGCAGGGAGGAACACAUUCCUUCUCCCUUUACGAGAAAGCAAGGGAGUUGCUUCUAUGGACCAAGGAAAGGAACAUCACUCUCCUCACCAGGUUCAUCCAAGGAGAAAGGAAUGUGAGGGCAGAUCUUCUCAGCAGAAGAGACCAAGUCCUUCCCACGGAAUGGACUCUCCAUCCAGAAGUGUUCAACAAACUGUGGAACCUCUGGGGAAGACCAAACCUAGACCUGUUUGCGACCCAUUGGAAUGCAAGACUGGAGAACUACUGCUCACCAACUUCAGACCCAAGGGCAGUAGCAGUAGACGGUCUUCUUCUGGACUGGUCGGGAAUCGACGGGUACGCUUUUCCCCCUUUCAAGAUCUUAUGAGAAGUAGUGAGGAAGUUUGCCUCAGCGGAAGGAGCAAAACUAACUCUGAUCGCCCCUUUCUGGCCAGCUCAAGAUUGGUGCACAGAGGUACUGGAAUGGAUGGUGGAUUUUCCGAGGCUUCCACUCAGGAGCGAUCUUCUCAAACAGCCCCACUUCGACAGAUUUCACAAAAACCUCCCCGCUCUCAGUCUGACUGCCUUCAGACUGUCGAAGGACUCGUCAGAGCAAGGGUUUUUUCACGCAAAGCUGCAAAGGCUAUUGCAAGAGCCAGGAGACCCUCUACCUUACGCGUCUACCAGUCGAAGUGGGAGGUGUUUCGAAGAUGGAGCAGAGCUCAGAUGGUAUCCUCUUCCAGUACCUCUGUAACAGACAUGGCCGACUUCUUCCUUUACUUCAGGGAGAAGUGCAAGCUUGCUGCCUUCACGAUUAAAGGAUAUAGGAGUAUGCUCUCCUCUGUCUUCAGGCAUAGAGGCCUGAAUAUUUCAGAAGACAGAGGCCUCCAUGAUCUGAUUAGGUCUUUUGAAACUGCUAAGACCAAGACUGCUAGACCACCCAGUUGGAACCUGGAUGUGGUUCUAAGAUUUUUAAUGUCGAGCAAGUUCGAGCCUCCGCAUACAGCCCCCUUUAGAGACUUAACAAGGAAGUCUUUGUUUCUCUUUGCUCUAGCUUCAGCUAAAAGGAUUAGCGAACUACAAGCUUUAGAAGGCAAAGUUGGGUUCAAGAAGGACUCAGCAAUUUGUUCCUUCAAACCCCUUUUCCUGGCAAAGAAUGAGAACCCUUCUAAACCAUGGCCAAGAACUUUCGAAGUUAUGGGACUGUCUUCGAUUGCAGGAAGAGAAUUAGAGAGGACUUUGUGUCCAGUCAGAAGCCUCAAAUUCUACCUUGAGAGGAAAAGGCAACUAGGAGGUAAUACGAAGAGUCUCUGGUGCUCGGUUAGAGAUCCGAAGAGAGCCAUUUCUAAGAAUGCCCAAGCUUUCUUCAUCAAGGACGUAAUUAAGGAAGCUCAUUUUUCCUGUGAUGACGAGCACCUUGAGCUCCUAAGAGUGAAAGCUCAUGAGAGGGUAUUAUGUGGCAGGAGAGGGGGUGCCCUGUGGCCCCUCCAAACAGUUGUUGGCUCUCAUCCUGAAAGUUUGUCCUCCAGCCUCCAAAUAGCUGUUAGCUCUCAUCCUGAGAACUGA